AAACUUAUUAAAUAGGUAUGAUAUGAUACCUAAAUAAUCCGUGAAAUGGACGAGCAGAUCGCUUGGUUUGAAGCGAAAAUAACUUCAUCUCUACGACCAAGAGGAGAUGAAAUCAAAGCCUUUACUGCUGAUAUUGAUUCAAGGGCAAAUAUUUCCAACUUCUGUUCGAAUGAAGAUUGUAGAUGCUUGUUUGUGUACCAACUUCAGUCAGGUCUUCUUCAAUCGAGUCUUUCAACUCCCGAGGAGACCAGCGUCGUUCGAUGUCUUACAUUUGUCAAGCUUGGACUGUCCUCCAAACUGGACAGGUCAAAUUGGUCUAACAACGUUGCAUUUUUCGACAAUUCAGUUGACGUCUUAGAAAACAUCAAUUGGUUGUCCAGAGAACUUUACCUGCCAACAGUUAGCCAUGAAGAAAAUAAUCAGCAGCAUACAGUCAUUGGAGCAGGGAAAAAAUCAAUAUUUCUGGGGGACAAGUAUGUCGAUUUGAUGCACCGAUUUCUGGCAUCUUCCGAAUUCUCUCAAGUGCUGAAAAGUGGAGACGUGCAGCUACCAUAUCCAAGCUUGGAAGUACUUCAGGACAUUAAAACACAAUCAAAACGCAGCAAAUCAAUCACCCAUAUCAUCGAAACGACAAUAAUCAACUGGACCAAGCAACUUAAAGUUCUGUUGAAAGUAGACCCCCUGGAUGAAGUACACAGACACUCUCUGGAAAUGCCAGUGGGGGAUUUCUCCGGCAUACCGUGUGUGGUGCAUGAGGAAGCUCUGUGGCACGAAAGAGUGAUCUCGCUCCGCAAAAUAGAAGCACAAUUACACUCUGAAGUGACGAUGGAUUUGGUGGCAUAUUUGGAACAGCAGAAUAACAAAUAUGCCUCAGGGGUCCACGAAAUGAGAAAGGACCUUCAAACUGCUGUAAGCGAAGCCCUUGACAACAUCAGAUUCCUGAAGCCACUUCAGUGUCGCCUGGAGGAGAUAGCUCUGUCUGACUCAGUGGAGGAAGUGAAGAAAUUAUACAAACCUCUGAUUCACACUUUGCAGCUGGUGUGGGAACACUCUGCUCAUUACCAUAAAAGGACAUACUUCCACAAUCUGGUCACGCUUGUCGUCAACCAAAUGACUCUGAAGGCAUCUUCAUUUGUCAGUUCGGAUUUGCUCGAAGACACAAAACUGGCGUUCCAAGAGCUGAAGUUUGCCCUGAAUCUCUGUGGAAACUUCCGAGGGUCUUAUUUGGAUAAAAAAGCAAAAACAGAUGUUCUAAAUCAAAGGCGACACAAGGAAACGAGGAAAGAAGAGCUGAGGACCCCAAAAACUCCAUACUACAGGGCUAAAAUUUACCCGCCGACCGAAAAAUAUGAUCUGUGGACCCAGUUGUCCGAUGGAUCCCUUUGGUCCGACAGUCCCUGGCCCGAGAAGAAUUCCCCCUCGUUCGACAAACUGAACGCUUUCUCCGAGCGGUGCAACGACUUACUGGAUUUCGUCGAAACUAUUCACCAGUUCCGAUUGAUGAGAAAAGUUGCCGAAGUUGGGGGCGCGGGAAGUCAUGGCUUGGACGCUCUGGUAUCGGAAAUCCACGAACAAUUUGAAAAAGCUAUGAAGUCUUUUGCAGUGUCGCAUAAUGAUUUGUUGGGACUCAAACGACUUAGUCAGGCGGGAUCCAACACCACUACAUUGGAGGGAGAAGCGAGUUUCGAACAACAAUUCUUCAAUUUCAGACUUGUCAUUAGGAACUUAGAAAAGCGACUGGCUUCUGUCUUGUCUCAGAGUUUUCUGCAGUGUGGUACCAUUGGGAGUCAACUGCGCAUUUUAGAAGUGUUCGAGGGUGUGAACAACCGCGAAGUCAUCCAAAAGGCGAUCGAGCGGGAAGACAGGGAAAUGGUGAGUUGUUUCCUGCACGAGAUGAUGACUGUCAAGGACAUGUUAGAUCAGAAUAGAAACAGUGUGCCGGAACAUGUGAAUGUGCCCCUGAUUGUGAGCAAACUCAAAUGGCAACAUGCGCUCCAACAGAGAAUACAGGUGCCGAUGGGAAAACUUAAGAAAGUGAGUCCGAACUCCUUAAUGAGUUCGGAGGGGCAGCAGAUUGAGAAGCUGUUCGGGGAACUCAGUGCGAAGCUUGAGAAAUUCAGGGACAAACUCCUCAAGGACUGGCAGAGGGGUCUCAACCCGGAGAUCAAAGAGAGACUCAAGGACUUUAUACUUAUCUCUCCACUCAGUGAAGACCACGAACUACCUUUCGAGUCUGCGACUGCAAGCCGAGCGCUAGUCUUAGCCGACCGCGAAAGUGCACUUGGUCCUUCGAACAGAGCAGCUACUAGCGGCGCAGAUUUAAGCGAAAUUCUUCGAGUCAAUUUGGACCAAUCCCUUCUCAUGCUUCUACGAGAGGUUCACUAUCUUGCUCAACCUCCGUUUGAAGUUCGAAUGCCAGACACUGUGAAAGAGAUCAUAAGAAGUAUGGACUUCCAAACUUUGAGAUCUCUGUCUGCCCGCUUGGAAGCUAUCGUCGCCAAGUACAACUACGUUAUGCGGUCAAUUACACGCGAAGAACGUGCUUUGUUCCACAGAAAACUGACAAUUAUUGAGCAACUUCUGGACCAGGGCAAAACUGCUUAUACUUGGAAAAUGGCAGAAACGCAAGACUUCAUUGAGCAUGCAAGCCAGCUGGUUCUGAAUGACUUGUAUUAUAAUUUGGACAAAGUGAAGAGCAAUUUGAAGGAGAUCUUCGAUAUUUUCAACUUAUGGUCGGACGGACCUCUUGAUGUGUUCCACGACAGAGAUUCAACUCAUUCCUACUCCAUGCAGGAAUUGAUGGACGAACAAAGCACGAUUGUGUGCGACCACGACGCCUAUCUGAGGUCAUCUGGGCUGAAAGUGCACUCUCUGCUAGAGGACACUUUCUCCUGUGUCGAGGUGAGUAGGGGAUCCCCCGCUUGGGAGGAGUAUCUGAACAAUGUGGACCAGUAUGCUCUCAAGGCACUCCACGAAUGCACAUUCGCCUCACUUAGACACAUGUACAACGAACUGGCAGACGCAAACAACUCCGAACCCAAAGGAGAGCCCCUUCUUGUGAUCAAACUGGGCCUGGUGGAUGGACGACUGGGCUUCAAGCCUCCUCUGGACAAAUCAUCAGACGAGACAAGUGUCCAGGAAGCUGUGGAAGAGUGGGUCUCUCAGUUCCUCAACAGGGGGUCUUAUAUCCAGCCUGUGUUUGUGCCCCCAGCUGUGGGAGGGGGAGGGGAGGUGGAGGAUGUUGACGAGUACCAUAAAAGGAUAGCCGCAGAUGUGAACAUCAGUGAUUACAUAGAGAAGAUCGACAAUAUCGUGGAGGCCAAUUGUCAGGACUGCAAAAGCCUCGUGGUUCCCUUCAAUGACUUCUAUUUCCUCUGGACAGACGACAUCCCGACAGUCUUCCACGAAUUCCUCUCUGGCAAACUUCAGCCCUACCCUCUGAGGGAAGAAGUGAAGGGGUACCUUCUCAGCGACCAGGCAACUGCGGCCAAGAGUUCCCGCUCGGAUAAAACCAUGUCUGAGUCUAGUAAUUCGAAAAGUAAGAGGAGUUCCGCUCCUGGGUUUCACACUGCGAAGAAGAUGACAGAUAGGAUUUUUGAACACAUGCCCUCGCUGGAUGCGUUUGAGACUGAAAUCGAAAUCUACAAGAUCGCCCGAAUGAGAGUAGAGGAGUUCGAGAACUUCUUCGUCGUCGGCUGGCUCAAAAUAGACUGCAGUCCCAUAAAGGAAGUGUUGAAAGGGUACGCCAACAAAGCCAUCUGGACCUACACAGACUACUUGAUAGAACAGGUGUCUGCUGUGCUGACGUCACUCGAUAGUUUCCUACGGAGGAUCGAACCCGAGUUGGAACAAGUGACUGGAAAUGAGCAGGAGUUCGAUGAGAUCAUGAGGAUCAUGCACAUCUUCAACGAGGUGUCCUCUCAACAUGCAGAGUUGGAUUCUAAAUUCACAGCCAUGCAACGCACUGUAGCGUUAGUGAGGAAGCACGGACUGGGCAUCCGGGGCAGUGAACUUCCUCGUGACCUUCAGAAGGCGUUUGCAACUGCACCUCAGAGGUGGAGUAAUUUGAAGAGCAAAGUGACCUUCGCCAAGCAGAGAUUGACACCCAAUAUUCAUAACCAAUCUGAGUUCAUAACUGGGAAGCUGCAGGAGUUCGGACAUGAGCUUCGGGGACUAGAGAGUGAGAUUGCGGCCUCUGUGGUCUACCAGAGGAACUGCCCCACCUCCUCCGCCUUCGACCUCAUCCAACAAUUCCACCAAAAACUCCAACAACUCAACCUCAGGGCACAGGAUCUUUACGAACUGCAAGAACUUCUUCAAAUUCCCGCCGUAGACUUCAAAGUUCUCAAUCGUGUGAAAAAGGAACUUGAAAAUCUUUCCUCAAUCUGGGAAAUGGCUCAAAAAGUCAACGAGUGGAAACAAAACUGGCUCAACACCUGUUGGUUCAGCAUGGACACUUUCAAAGUUGCCAACUCGGCCGCUACUCUGGAACAAGCUCUCUCCCAAUAUCCAGAACAGUGCCAGAGCUGGGACAUAACUGAGAGUUUAAUAGUGUCUGUGACGAUGAUCAAAGGUGUCCUCCCAUUGGUCGACGACUUGAGCAACAGUGCGAUGCGAGCGAGACAUUGGAAGCAGUUGUACAGGGAGACUAAGAGUUCGAUCCAAAUCGACCAGGACAAUGUUCGAUAUAUGACUCUGGGCAAACUGCUCAACACUAAUUUACAUGUGCACUCAGAAGACAUCAGAAAGAUCGUGUCUCGAGCACAAGGUGACCUCACGAUUGAACAAAUGCUGAAGAGAUUCGAAGAAAUCUGGCUGGGAAAAGUGUUCACAAUGAAGGAACACGUGAAAUCUUCCAUGGAACAAAAAGACUUUCUGGAUGCUCCAGAUGACGAUGCUUUUGAGUCGGGAAAUAAUAGUAAGCGAAGUAGUCGAAGAACGAGUCGAGAUAAAGUGAUGAGCAUCGCAGCUCCUGCCGACGACGGAGGAAGUGUGGGUUCUAGGAGCAGAGCGAAUACUGCUAGACUCACUACUCCUGGACGCGCCAAGAGGAUUAGUCUUUCAUCUUUGCCGAUGGAAAUCACCAACAUGCAAACAGAAAUGGAGUUCAGCCAGAAGAUGUUCCUGUUGGCGGAGUGUGACGAGGUGUUUGAGAAGUUGGAGUCCCAUCAGAUGGACUUGGAGAGGAUGCGACAGAACAAAGACGCGGGAUCCUUCCUGGACGAGAUCAUCAAGUGGCAGAGUAUCCUUCAGGACAUAGAGAGUGUGGUCAAAGUGUGGCUCAAAGCCCAGAACUUGUGGCUCAAACUCGACGAGAUCUUCGCCAAGAGUGAGAUGGGGAUUGUGUUGCCCAAGGAGUCCAUUCUGUUCUCCACUCUGAACAAGAACUUCCGCAUUCUCAUGAAGGCCACUGCGCACAAACCCAACAUCCUACAGUGCUGCUUCUACAAAGGAAUCCGGAAGACGCUGGAAAAGAUGAGUGAAAACUUUGAGUUUUGCCACUCGAGUCUGCUGAGGAAUUUGGAGAAGAGGCGGUCCCGCUUUGCCCGCUUCUACUUCCUCUCAGAUGAAGACGUCAUCACAAUCAUUGCCAACGGCAGCGACCUCAACCAGGUCAAGCACUACAUGUACAAGGUGUACGAUAACGUCGGCAGUUUGAUAUUUGACACAACUGAAGUUGAAGAGGAGACUUCUUCCUCCUUCAGAAUCACACACUUGAUGAGCAAAAUUGGAGAACCCUUGGAACUAGUCAAUCCAAUCGUUUGCAAGGGCGAGACUGAAAAAUGGCUCAACGAAAUCUCCUAUGAGUCAAAAUCAACACUCAAAGCUUGGAUUCGAUCUGCAUUCGAGGUUAUCAAUCUCGAAUACUGGAAACAGGAUCGAGACUCAAUAAUCGGCGGGAAGCUGAAUGACACAACUGAGCAGAAUGGUUCGAAAGCUAUUGCGGAUGUUUCCGAACAUCCAGAUUACCAGGAGCCGAACGAUGGGAUUCCGCAGAUCGAAAUCAACAGAUCAGCUGGAGAAGAAAAAGAGACGUCGAAAACUGAAGCCAAGAGCUUUGUUGAAAUUCCAAGCGAAGUAAUGUAUCUAGCGUUGAAUUGCGAUUUGACAAACCUUGCCAAAAUUGCGAUGGAAAGAAGAAAUGAAAAACAUUUAGGAACUUUGGUGACAAACAUGCAACGAGGCCUGGAUAAGAUCUCCCAGCUGAUUAUUUCCCUUGAGGAAAUGAAAAGAAAGCGCCAAAAAGACACCGACCUUGAAGACAUGUCAAUUGACGAAAUGGAUAAUUUGGAAUCCGCUUUUCACGGAGCGCCUGAAAUUGAAGCGACAGCUACAAUGACUGAAUUGAUUCAACUUGAAAACGAGCUAAGCGAAGACCCUCAGCCGACGAAUAUGCAGGGAUAUCAAAUGCCGAGAAAAACAAGCGAAGUUAAAGUCGAAGAGACUUCGAUACAGCUUGCAUCACCAGAACAAGCAGUUGAAGUACCGUCGCAAAGGGUACAUCAACUGCGAAGUUCGAGCGAAGGUCAAGACAACAGAAGUAUUUCUCCGUCAAAAGGUAACGCCGAAAAUCAAGAAUUCGACAAAGAGUCACCGACAGGCGUUGUUGAAAAAACGGAAGAUCAAAAUAUUCUUGACGAAAAUUUGAGCGAUGCGAAAUCUGCUUCUGAACAAAAAGACGCUGAACUUGAAGCAAGUGAUCAAGACCCUGAGUUAGAAAAAUCCGAGGAAAACAUUAUCGGCGAAGAUCAAAGAGCAGAAUCAAGUGACCAGAACGUUGUUCAACCUGAAAAUGACCUUGAAAACGGUGAACAAAAUAAGAGUUCAAUCAAAAAUGAACGUGAAGAAAGCGUGAAAGGUAGUGAAGGUCGUAAUGAACAGGAAGUUCAUGAGACUUCAAAGGCAGAAACUGAAUUAGAUUUGCCGCCUCUUCCUCCGCGGACUUCGAGUGUGCAUAGACAUUCGAGGAAAGAUGCGAGUUUGCUGUCCAAGUAUUACGACUUGGCUAUGCGACCUUAUCAAAUGAAGAAACUGGAGGGAGUGAUAAACCUGUUGAUCACUUGGAGGGAUCGAAUUGAGAGAGCUUUGGACUGUGCCAAUAAGAAUCUCCUGUUCACUUUCUACUGGCAGCAGAUGAUGAAGUUCUACUGCGAACCCCUCAACACAGUUGCACCCAUCAAGAUCGAAUGUUUUGGGGAGGUGGUAGGCGAGUACCAGUUCGACUAUCAGGGCUCCUCAGUGAAACAGACUGUGAGUGGACAGACAGAGAAGACACUGAUAAACAUGGCACUCUCGAUGUCCCAUUUCAGACCCACCAUCGUCGCCGCUCCAUCUGGUUCUUCGAAGCGUGAAACAGUCAAAGAACUCUCCAAGACAUUCGGCCAGGCGCUCUUUCCUCUAACGUGCACCUCCUUCACAACUUCCCAGACUCUGGAAAGUGUCCUCAAGGGCGUGGCUCUAUCCGGACUCUGGGUCACAAUUCACAAUGUGAACCAUCUGAAACCCAGUUUGGUUGUCUUGCUGGGUAAAAUGAUUCACUCUUUGAUUGACGCUGUGAAGAAUAAGAAGGCGGAGAUGGAUCUGAAGCCGUUCUUCUAUCCAAUCAAAAGCUUCAACAACCCAGGAGUCUUUUGCACGAUUGAUGACAAGGUCGAGAUCACCAGUUCGAAUCCCGACCGUGCCAUCCUUCGCUCGAGCAGCCUUCUUGCCCUCCCUCCCUCCGUCGUGUCCCAAUUUCGCCAGGUGGCUUUGAGUUGUCCUGACCUUAAAAGUUCAUACGAGGCCAGCUUAAUCUCCAAAGGAUUCACCCAUGCUAAUUCUCUGGCUCGGAAGCUAAGCGCUUUAUCGGGAUGUAGAAUGGACAUUGAUGAAAAAAUCGCGACAGUUAGUUCUCAUUUCUGGGCUGAUAAGUUCUGGCCAGGGCCUGGCUGGGCACCUUCUUUGACUGAAAACAUCUUAGAAAUGGCCAGGACAACCCUGGAAGAAAUGCGAAAAUCCUGGAAACUCAAAAAUGAGACUGACACUUUAUCAGACGAUGAACAGACUUUACUUGAAGUGCAGGCGUUGGCAGUGGCGUUGAAAACUGUGUUUGUGAGCAGACAUCCAGGGUCCAUAGGGGCGAAUAUUUUUAAGGACAAACUGCUGAGUGUGAUGCCAGAAGCAGAGAAUGUUCCGAUGACUCUUCAGGAACAGUCGGCUAGAUUCCAAAAUGAUAACAACAUGCUGGCGACCAUCCAAGAAAGUUUAGAUCUCAGCUUCGACAGAGGUCAAUACUCGAGGUCCAACCAAGAACCAAACCAAAACCUAACAGCCCGUAGCGAAAUCGUCGAGAGGCUUGGACUCGCGUCAUCGCCUUACUUCUUGACUCGAAUCCAACAAUUAGCUGACAUCUGCUCCACUCAUAAUUUCACGAUUGUCAGUGGACGCGCCGGAAGUGGGAAGAGUAGCGUGAUCAAAUGUUACUCGGGACUUCUGGAGUCUCAAGGUUGCAAGGUGUCCACAGACAGACUGGUCGUCGGGACUCUGGAGACUCAUGAGUUGUUUGGAUACUACACAAGUUCCAAUCGUUGGGUGGACGGUGGCUUCAACACCCUCGUCAGGAGCUACGCCCACAACGACCAAAGUGGCAGCGACUCCCAUUCGGAUCCCACCCGAUUCCUGGUGAUGGACGGAAACAUCAACGAGCGACAGAUGGAGAUAUUCGGCAGCGUCCUCCACAGCAACGGCAAACUCACAUUCGCCAAUAACGAGUCGUUUGAGUUGGCUGGAAACAUUAAGAUAUUCUGGGAGAUUGACUCAUUGGCGCAGUUAAGCCCCUCCGUUCUUACUCACGCACCUGUGCUUUCUCUCAACCAAUCAGAACUGACCUACCAGAUGGUGACGUCUGUCUGGCUGAACAACCAAUGGGUCCACUACAAACCCAGUCUUCAGAAAUUCAUUGAAACGUACGUGCCAAAACUUCUAGAACAUUCUGCCAAAAUGCUCAAAGGACCGCUAGAGGGCGGUACAGAUCGUGUGAGCAACCAAAUUAUCAUCCGGGAGGCGUUAGACUCGGUGCAAUUGAUAGAUAAAGUCAGAACAAUGUUGAGAUUGAUCGACGGCUCCCUAGGAAGCUUCCGAAAUGCUGGAGAGCAGAUUUUGGAGCGAUUUUUCUGCUUUUCGGCUAUCUGGGCGUUCGGUGGACUGUUUGCGAAAGAGAGUCGAAAUAUGUUUUCUGAAUGGUGGCAUUCGACGUUCUGCUCAUCGCCUGUGCCAAUCAAAGGAACCGUCUGGGACUAUUACGUCGACUCCGAGACUUGUGACUGGGCUCGUUACGACGAAAACCUGCCCCCCUACUCUGCCCCAUCCCAGUGCGGAAUAGCACACCACGCCUUCGUACCCACAGUAUCGACCCAACAGUUGAGCAACCUGGUCGGAUUAGCCCAAGAAUCGGGUGCUCCCGUGAUGUUGGUGGGCGAGCACGGGUGCGGGAAGACUUCGGUUCUGAUGGAUAAGUUGAGGGGUCCUUGGAGCAAUGACGUUUCAGGGAUCAAGGCCACCAAACAUUCGGCUGCGAACCGGACAAAUGCGAAAUCACUUUGGUCAGUUCUGAGAGAAAAUCUGGAGUGGAAAUACGGCAACAACUUUGUCCCCCGAGGCAACAAACAACUCAUCUGUUUCAUAGACGACAUCAACAUGUCUGAAAUAGACUCUUUCGGCAACCAAUCAGCGUGCGAGUUCAUCCGACAACACCUCGACUGCGACGGAGUCUUCGAUCCCGAGUCGAUGAAGUGGAGAAGUUUGUCUAAGACUCAGUAUGUGACGACUGUUAAUCCGGCUCUGUCUUCGCAGAAGUUGAGCCCCAGACUCCUUAGGCACUUCAUGAUCUUCAACUGUCCUUACCCCAACAACAGCGACAUCCAAACUAUCUUCAAGACACUCCUGAUGAACCACUUCCUGCCUUUUGACCUCACAGCUCCAGUUGGGACGACGAUGUCCAGCUACAGAUACAACCAAGAGAAACGAAAGGUCGAGAAUCUGCUCUCAACUACAGUCGCCGUCACUACCGAAGUUCACAACCGACUUCGAAGUAUGUUCCUACCCACAGUUCAGAGAGCCCAUUAUGUGUUCACAGUCAGAGAUAUCAGGACUAUCUUCACCAAUGUCUGUCUGAGUUUGAGACCCCACUGUGACCGGAAGGACAUUAUUCUGCUGUGGGAACAUGAGAAUCAGUGGGUGUUUGGACGAAGGCUAAUAGACCACGUCGACUACGACCGGUAUCAAAAAGUGUUCACGACAGCCGCACGCAAAGAGUUCUCAAACGACGAAGACCUCGAUUCUCUGAUUGAGACAGAAGUGUCCCGACCCACCUUCAGCAGUCUGGAGGAGACGCUAAGUGGAGUGGUGAUUGCGGGACCCCAACCAGGCACUGUGUCUAGGGACGGAAGGUUCCAUGACAACUACAGGGCCUUCGAAGAUGUCGAUGAAGUGAAGGGUGUCUUGAAGGAGUCCAUUAAAGAAUUCAAUAAAUCAAAACCCAAUAUCAGAGUUCCUCUUUACAAGUCUACUGUGGAAGAAGUGUGCCGAAUAGCCCGUAUGCUCCACUCGCCCCACAAUGUGGGCCACGCCCUGCUAGUUGCAGACGGGUCACCGGGGGUCAUCAUGCUCAUAGUGUCCAUGGCAGCCCACCUGUCCAACUACACACUCUUCCAAAUCAGACCCUCCCACCUGGCGGCAGCUGCUGCGAGUACUGCCACUUCUAUGGCACAUGGGAGAAGCGAGGUUGAGUACAAUUUGGAGCACUUUAGAAGAGAGAUUUCGACUGGCUACAAACGAGCUGGAGUCAAUAAUGAAAAAAUACUGCUGAUGGUUACCUUGCAUGAGACGAGCUGCGAGGACCAAAUCUUGAGUCAUCUCCAGGAACUGAUCGUCCAGGGACCCCCUGUCAACUCACUCUUCAGUCCUGAAGAACAAACCAGCAUCGUCAACUCAAUCCGAAGUGCCGUGAUCCAAAGUGGUCUUCCAUACAGUCGAAGAACUGCGUGGGACUUCUUCUUGGAGAAUGUCCGCACUAAUUUCAGAGUUGUUUUGGUCACCUCGGCGUCCAAGCAUGCGUUCCAGAGACGAUGCAUCACAUUUCCACAUUUGACUACUCACAUGAAUAUUAUUUUCUUCUCGCAUUGGAAGUUGCAACAGUUGAUUGAAGUAGCAAAUUAUCACGUAGAUGACGAAGACACCGCGCAUGUGUUAGCCAACAUGCAUCUCGCAAUCCGGCAGCAAGACGGGGCCGAAAAGAACGCGGGUGAAUUCUUCACUCUUACGAACACCACUUACGAGAAGUUCAUCGAGCGGUUCGUAUACCUGCGAAAGAGACGAGAAACCGAAAUCAGAGCCACGAAUGAAAAGGUUGAGCAUUCGUUACGUAAUAUAGCCGAAGGCAAUGACGUCAUUUUGAAGCUGAAGAAGUCUUUGGAGCAUGAACGAAGUGUGAUGAAGAGUCAAGUUGAAGGAACUAUUAAAUUGAUGGGUCAAAUUGGAGAGGCAAAAGCGAUCGCAAGACAGAAUUUGGUGGUGUUGUAUAAGCAACAUGACAAACUCAUCAAUCUUAGAAAAGCACUUCCCGAGUUCCGUCUGGCCUAUGAGCGGGCGUGUUACAAGACUGAGAAACUGUAUUCCGAGACAGUGAAGCUGGUCCAUCAACUGGACAAUGUGCAGCUGGGGGAGUUGAGAGCGAUGCCGAAGCCAGACCAGGAGGUGCAGGACUUACUCGCCACCAUCAUCAAAAUACUGAAAGCGCCAAACUCUGAUUCCACGUGGGCGAAGGGUGCCAAACGACAGAUGGCCAACUUGGAGCGAUUCAAAGAGGAACUUCUUCGAUUCGAACAGGAGCCGAUGAAGAAAGCGACACUGGAGAUGGUGGAACCCCUCGUGAACAAACCCAGUUUCACGCCUGACCAGAUGACGAUGCGGGCCAAUGACAACAAAGCGGCCGGAGAUCUGGCUCAAUGGGUUCUCAAUGUCAUACAGUUCAACAAACUGAAGUACGAGAAGGUGCGACCCCUGAAGGAGAAGGUGGACUUGACGGGGGAGGAGUUGCGAGAGGCAGAGGGGAAGAUGGUCAGUCUGGAGAGCAGGAGGGGCGAAUUGGAACAGAGGUUGAGGGAACUGGCCAAGAACUAUGAAAAGGCUACGGUGGAUAAAAACAACCAGCAAGAAGCAACUGUCAACAUGGACCAACAGGUUGACGAAGCUACCCAGUUUGGCCUAGUGAUGAUGCACCAAGUAGACGUAUGCCAGAGUAUCCAGAGUGCAUUCGAGGAGCGACAAGCCACUGUUUGUGGGAGCAUUGCUCUCUGUGCUGCUUUUGCAGCCUACUUGGGACCCUAUGGCUUCAACUUCAGGGCCUCGAUGAUGUUGGAACACUGGCCCAACUGCCUCACCCAGAGAGGGAUUCCAGUCCAGUUCGACGUCAUCGAUCCCCUUAAUGGACGCUAUGUUGAGUACAGUUUCAACGACGAAAUGUUCGACGCUUCCGAAGGGGACGAAGACGAAGCGAAUGAGUUCAUCCAACGAGGCCACGAACUAGAGCCGACAGCAUAUGCCGAGAAGAGUCAGUCGGUUCUCGGAGGAGACGACAACGACCGAGGUGUCGAGUUUGAAAUGAAGUUCGGCCGCAAUGAAAGUGCACAGAACAUGGCAACACCUCCGAACGAAGUCGGAAACUACUCGACAGAGAACAAUAAAGAGACUGGAAAUUUUGAAGAUACGACAGUAAACUCGACAACAAUGGCUGAAAAUGAAGCAGAGAGUUCCGAGCGGAAAUUAAAUUUGUCUUCCGUUAAUACGACAAAAGACAAAUCCAUGUCGGAUCAAAACAGAAAAUCUUCUUCGGAUGAAAACACAAAUGUUGCUCCAAACGAAACAACAAAAUCAUCGUCGGACGAAAACGCAGAAACCUCCGAUCAAAUGCAAGAUGGCGACCAGCAACAGCAACGUAUGCUUGUAAUCGAGCAGGACAAGUCUCAAACAAUUAGUAGCAAAACAAGUACGGGCGAGCCUCUUGAGCAAAAUAGUCGUCUGACCCCCCUGGAAGAGAGGAACAGUGGGGCUGAAGAUGUUGAAGGGGGUGACAGGAAAAAUAUGGUGAUGGAUAUCGAGCAGGAGCACCUGGAUAGGUACCAGAUGUGUAUCAAGGCUGUGGUGAAGAUGCUGAUUGGAGAGGACAAAUUAAAUCACUGGCUAGCUGCUGGUUACACGUUGAGUCAGAUCGAGAAUGCGGCGAUAGUUCUCGCUUUUGGUCACGUGAGACCCCCACUCAUCAUCGACCCAGACGGGGAGGCGGAACAGUGGAUCUGCAACAGCUUCCAAAACAUCAAGUCCAUAUCGCUCGCACGCAAAGACCCCAACAGCAAACUGGAGAUUAUGAAGGCACUAAAGGAGGGCAGAGAAGAAGACGAAGACGAGGAAGAAGAAGCUGAAGAAGACGAAAGAGAACUUGAUAAAAAUGAAGGCGACAAGGAAAACGACGAAGACGCUGAUGCAAAAUCACCGCCAGCGACCCUGGUGAUCACAGGAGUCUCUGAACCGGUGGACUCUCUGCUGGGACCCCUGAUUCUGAACAAGAACAUGCAGAGAGAGGAGGCGAAGUGGGAGGAGCCGGGGCUGAUGUCAUUCGACGGACACCUCAUGGUCUGCAACGAGGACUAUUCUCUUUUGAUGACCUGUGACGACAAGACUGUCAAGUUCAACUCGAAUCUCGCCUCCGUCACUACUCUUGUGUCUUAUGUACCUAAUGAGCUGAGUCUGUACCAGAAACUGCUGGACUUGACGUUCCAGUACUUGCACCCCCGAGUGGCGGCGGAGAGGGGGAGGGUGUUGCGGAGUUGGUGGCGAUGUCAGCAGAGGAUCCGCCAGCUAGAGCAGACUCUCUACCACAAACUGACUAACUUCUCAGGGGAUAAUGUGUGGGCGGAGUCCACAGUGGUCAAGAGCAUAGUUGAGACUAUGGACCAGAUCAACGACAAGAUGGAGGCUUACCGUCUAGUGUUGGACAGACAGGAAUCGCUGCGGUCGAAACUGAGUGCGAUAGCGGAGAGAGCGGCCUCUUUCUUCUACCUCAUCCAGAACCUAGACACACUCUCCCCCUCCUACAACUUCUCCCUCAAGUCCCUCGUCAACACUCUCAGACAGGUGUUGAAGCAACACAGGGGCACGGAGGCAGAGGCCCAAUGGGGGGAGCAAGAGGAGGGAGGGGACGAACUGUCCUUGCACGAGCAGUUCAUCUCGACCAAAGGAACACGCGCUGUCGAGUCAGAUGACGAAGACGAGGACAACGGAAGUACCUCGGGUUCUAACGGAAAGAGUGACGACGACGGCGAUGACUCCUCUACGGACGAACAAGCCGACGGCGACUCGGCCGAAAACGUUGCGGCAGGCGAAGAUGAUUUCGGGUUUGCAGAGACAGAACAGGUGUUGCGUCUCCAAUCCGCCGACUAUUCGAGUCAACCCGGAAACCGAGUGAAGAAAAUCGAAAACGAACUCACAGAGAAACUGUUUGCAUUUAUUUCCAAGAGUUUGACCCCAGAACAUCGUCUCAUUUUCUCAGCGUUCCUCGCUCUCAAAAUGAAAUGGUCUGAUAUUACAAACGACGAAAUAAUCUUCCUCUUCUACGGGAAUCUUCAGGAACGCAUGGAUUCCAAAGGUCUCGAAGACUUCGGAAUCUCGGCAACCCUUCCUGAUUGGCUGCCGAAGGACAGGUUCGAUGACGUUAUUACUGUCUCGCUUCUGCAGGACUCGCCUCUUAACGGACUGUGUCGUGAAGUAGUUGAGCACCACGACGAGUGGAAGGACUGGUUUAUGAGGGAACAGUGCGAGAGUUUUCCAAUGCCGAGAGACAAUGACGAAGAUUGGAAGGAUAUUCACAAGCUGAUUGUGAUUCGCCUCUUGAGACCCGACAGGUUUUGUGCCGCACUCAAACUCUUUGCCCAGGACAACUUGCCAAUCAUAAACGACAUGAUGAGUUCGAACGCAGAUGAGAAGCCGGACUCCCAGUUGUUGGAUCUUAUCAAGUCCAACCCUGGCUUUGUCGUGUCUCUUCCUGGAACCGGCUUGGAGUCCACUGCAAAUCUAUCGAAUGUGGAGCACAUGAACAUCGAAGACGAUCUGGUCGAGCGAAUUGAGAAAUUAGCUGAGCUGGCGGUGGACGAACAGGUGAAAGUGAGUGUGAUAGACCCAGUGACUGCACCGAGUACCACUCACAUGCUGGAGAUGGUUGAGAGGAAACUGGGACAGUCCAGAGAUGCGGAUUGGGUGGUGGUGAGAAACUUCUCCUCAACAGACACACAAUUCCUCCAGAGGUUCUUCUACACCUUAGUCCACGUCACCCAAUCUGAAGUCAAGAACUGCAACUGCAAACUCUGGCUUCUGGGCGAACCCAAAGCCGAAUUCAACAUUCCAAACUCAGUUAAUUUAUGUGCCAUAUCUUACGACACCAUGUUGGGCAAGCCUAAAUUCGGAGUCGAUCUUAUAGACGCCACGACUCAGAGCUCCGAUGGCUCGGAACUAAACCUGAAGCCUGAGUUCUUGAGUCAAGCGAUUCGGCAGAGUGUCAAAAUGAUACCUGAUGAUGUCUGGAACCGAGUCAACUCUUCAAAUCCGACGAUUAGAAACUCGGUUCUGGCGCUUUGUGUGAUUAAUGGAAUACUCGUGGCGAAACAGUGUUUGUCCACACAAGGGCUGAGCAAGGUCUAUGCGCUCUUGGGCCAAGAGUUACUUCAAGCGGUUGAGAAGUUUUUGUCAAGUGUUGGUCCAAAUGAUAGCGGAAGUAGCUCUUUAAACAAGAUUAUUGAUGAUGAUUCUAUGACUGUUAUGAGGGGAACCAGCAGAGAAAAAGCGAGUGAAGAACUCGUGGAGUUUUUGGUUCAACACGUGUACGGGCGACUUCUGUCCAACGAAAGCGACUUCUUAUACGUAAAAGCUCUCCUCCUGAACGCCUUCGUCAAAUCAGACCUGAAAGAGCGAGUAAACUGUCUGCGCCUGUACAGUGUGCCUCUGCCCCCCGCCAAUCUGACAGACAAAAACCAGGUGGGAGAGUGGUUUGUGGAUAAGUGUGAAUGGGGCAAGUUCACUUCAGCUGCGUAUUUGGAUGUGUCCAGUCAAGGAUUGAAUGCUGUGUGCAGAACCAAGAACGAAUCGACCUUCAAAUGGAUCUCGACAUUGGGCAGUGUGUACCGCCCCUUAGUCCCCGGUGCCUUCAGCGGCUCACCUGACCUUGAAAAUGAGGUCACUCAAGCCAGGAUGUCCAUUGAUCUGUGUUACGACCACUUGCCUUCGCUUCUCAAUGUUGCCGAAGACGAGACGUCGUUGUUCGUGGAGCCGACAGUGCUUUCCUUCCCUUACCAUCCUCCGAGCAGAUUCAGCUCAACUGUGAUUAGCUCGGCUGAGAGUGGUUCUAACCAUAUGAUGUCCAUGCUACUCCAACAGGAGUGUCUAUUUUUUAAUGAGUGGCUCUGCUUCAUUCGCCAGUCUCUGCACCAGAUAGAGGCCAGUCUUCUCCGGGGAAUCGAGUCCCUCCCACCCCACUUGCAGACAGCCGCGCACUCUCUGGCCAAAGAGGAAGUGCCUCUCAGCUGGCUGUCGAACUGCCACACUCCCUCCACGCACACAUUGUACUCAUUCCUCAAAAAUUUAACUGCUCGCCACGAGCAGUUUUCGGACUGGUUGCGAAGGGGAGUUGUAGCUAGUAAGAGGAACCCCAACCCCAAUGGGACGGGGAGGGGCGCUUUGAAGGAGAUCUGGCUCGGAGGCCUCGUGAACCCGACGAACGUCCUCUGUUGUCUCAAGUCGACGGCUGCGAACAAACUUGACUGUCUUAUUGAUGAGAUCGUGUUGGACUUGGACUUUUCUACUGAACUUUACCAACUGAAGCCACUGUCUCUCCGAGGCAAUGAAGAUGACCCCACCAUUGUACUUCGCUAUUUAUACUUGGAGGGUUCCACGUGGGGGUUGGAGGAGUCCAGACUGAGAACUGUGGGGGUUGCCGCUGGACCGGUCCCGAUGCCCGCAAUUGUUGUGAAGGCUGUAAAGAGGAAAGACUGGAUUCAGAAGAAAGGACGAGAGGACGACUUUUAUAAUUGCCCUGUGUUCACUAACAAGUCACGUGCUUCCUUCGUCACCAACUUGAAUCUCCCGUGUGAAAACAACCCUUCAGUCUUCAGCAGUGCCGGUCUCACCUCGACAUGUCUGCUGCUGGACGCUGGCCCUGAAGUGGUCUCUUCUUCCGACUCCAGUCUGAGCAGUAAGAGGAUGCGACUGGCACACAUCAAGUCCAUCCCCAAAGACAUCCCAGACGAGACUCACUCUGAUAUUAUAUCCACUGCCAGGACCAAACUCACCAGGGGGGAGAGUCUUCAGGACUUGAUCAACAGCAUAGAUCAGAAAGAAAAACCGAAGCCAGCAGUCGAGAGUGAAAAACAUACUCCACAAUCUCGAAGCGAUAGAACUGCGUCCUCUGACAAGAGUAUAAAAAAGACAGCGAAUGAAUCGAUGGCUGAAAAAGUGUCCGAACAACAGGAAAAGAGCAGAGUCCAAGACAGGACCUCAUCUAGUGAGGGCAGCGUGAAGCCAGGAGGCAUAGUGGUCGACGGAGGUGGUGCUCACCCGGGCGGAGAGGGGGAUGAUGUUGAUGAGAGUUACUCGAUGUCGCCAGGUUCGCAGAAACAAGACAUCGAACGACAAGGCGAGCAGUUUGAAUCGGAAUCCCAAGAGUUCGAUGAUCUUCUAUCCCCCAACGAGGCUUACAAGACUCAUUUAGACUUCCCAAUUGCGUCGCCAGAUACUAUUGAUCCAACAUCACCCGCAAACGACACCCCACGAAGCCAAAAAGCCGAACCACCGCAGGCUAUUCAUGACACUCCAAAAUCUGAAUCACGAGGACAACACAACGAGUCGACUGAAAAACAACCCGAGAAUUACGAAGAACAAUCUGACAGCCGAGAUGUUUCCAAGGGCGGAGACGAGUCGUCAGGUCGAGUUUCGGAACGUCCGCGUAGCGAAUCGAAGACAGAAUCCGAGAAGGGUUCGUUUAAGAAUCAAACAGACAACAAUCCUCUUAAAAGUGAUUCGAGACUGCUAGAACAGAUUAUAAACGAAGAUCCUUGAGAUACAGAAUCUUCGACAGAAUCAUUGCCUACAGCGUCAAAUCAACUGUCUAUAGGCUAUCAAAACUAUAUUUCUCUGUUGGGUUCAUUUGAAUUAAUUUGAUGAGCUUCACCCUUAGAUUGGAAAAGCGAACUUUAACCUUGUUCAUUGUAAAUAUGUAUAUUUUGUGAAUCAGAGAUCCAAUUCAAACAAACUUUAUGUA